AUGGAGAGUUCGAAGAACAACAUGCCCAGUUCUCUGAUCAUUGAAGCAUAUAAUCCCUCAACCCAAUAUCAAUCUAUCCCGGAUCACUCGGAGGCCGUUUCCAAAGUUGAUGACUGUGCGCGAGAAUUGGAAGCAGCUGUUAAGCAGCUCCUCAAGAGAACUGAGCAUGCAAGAAAAGCAGAGCAAGGUCAAAUUAUGAUACAGAAAAAACUCCAGACACUGGAGUUGGAAAAUGCAGCCGCCUUGCAUCGUAUUCACGAAAUGGAAGAGAAAUACUUAAAACUGGAAGCAAUUACAUUGGAAAAGGACGAACAACUCCGGCAAAGUUGGCAAUCGCUGCAAACAGCAGCACAAUCCAACAGCGAGCUCGAGCAAGGAAGAAACUUGGCAAUUGCGGUAGUAGAAGAGACGCAACAGACUGCGAAAGUUUAUGAGACGUGGGCCAAAGGCGAGAUUGAAAGGGCGCUUCAGUCAAGCGUCGCGGCGCAUGAUCACGCCAAAAGAGCCGAGGAAGAAAUGAGCUCAGCGGUCAAUAGGGAGAGGGAGUCAUACCACGCCAGAGAAGUAGCAGAAAGGCGAGCUAAAGAUGCAGAACAGUCCAGACACGAAGCUGAGAAGCGAGCCGAAGAUGCAGAACAGGCGCCACACGGAGCUGAGAAGCGAGCCGAAGAUGCAGAACAGGCCCGAUACGGAGCUGAGAAGCGAGCUGAAGAUGCAGAAGAGGCGCGACACGAAGCUGAGAAGCGAGCCGAAGAUGCAGAACAGGCGCCACACGGAGCUGAGAAGCGAGCCGAAGAUGCAGAACAGGCCCAACAGGAAAAGGAGAGGCGCGCUGAAGAAGCAGACCGAGCAAGACUUAAAGCUGAGAAAGCUAAAGCAUUGGCGGAAAAACAUAAAGAUGAGUUGGAAAGAAAUCAGGUAUAG